AUGAUUUCUCGCUGCAAUCAAACCUUGCUCCGUAGACUACGAUCUGAGCAACUCUUACGGAGUGCAGCAUUAAGAUACUUGUCGAAGCAUUCAAAAAUUGUCAUUGAGGAGCCUCUUUCAUACAAGAACCCAAUAGCUCAGCGAUAUCAUGAUGAAUUCACAACAUACUUGGUGGAUACAAAGGUGCCGAACAAGUUGUUAAAAAAACUUGUCUACUCCAAAGUGGGGUCACUAGUUAAGGAACCUGUUGGAACAGACGGAGUUGAUCUUUUGAGUUAUGUUUUGAAAAACGUUCAAAGGGGAAAAUUAGAGGAACAGAUACCGUUGGACUUAUCCAUCAAAAUAUUUGAUAACAUGUACGAACACUUGAUUCAAGCACGUCCCGACUUUUUUGAACAACUAUUAAGACAGUUACUCACAAAUGUGCAUAAAUUACCGGAUAAUACACUAAUAUUGGUUUUGGAUUUCAUCUCUCGAGAAAAAGUCAACGUCGAGGCGGUUUACCAACGAUUAGAGUUUCGACUUGAUAACAAAUUUAUGGCAAAGUAUAUUGAUUACUUGAAAAGUCGAAAUAGGCUAAAUCUCGGGUUUUUUGAAUCCAUGUGCAAAAUACGAGUAAAUGAAUCGUUUGUGGGUGCUUUAAACGACUAUAUCGAGGGACUUUUUUCCAACACCCUACCUGAAAUUCACUGUUAUGAUGAUUUGGAGAAAAGUUUGGAUAGGGUGCAAAUGUUAAUUACCAAUGUCAUAGAUGAGAUUGAUGUCGAAAGAAUGUCCACACCUGCAUUACUCAGCAUAUUCAAGUUGAAUGAGGAGUUCUUGCAGGUCCUGAAUAGUUCAUAUGCUCAAGAUAGCAGAACGAAACUUCUUUGCGGACUAGCUCAAAGGGAGAACGAGGUGUUGAGCUCACUAGAGGCGCAAACAGACCAGGAUGAUACACUAAAAAAAUCGCUUUUAUUUGCCGCUAAAGAGAACGAUAUCAAGUUUUGCAAUGUAUUAGUAGAUCACAUUCUUGGUAAUCUGAAUUACACCCUGGAUUGGCAAGCACAAGCUAGUUUGAUGGGUGAGGUUCUUCGAAAACUGGAUUUGGAAUCUAUACUAAAUUCAGUGGAGUCAUCAGAUCAGAUGUUUGAGCUAGUGAUACAAGCGCUUUCGGUCUCCCACCCACAUUUUACAGAUUAUGCAUUUGAUCACUACAGACAAAAUGGGUUGCUCCCAUCAGCAGCUGUAUUCAAAUCUAUGCUUGACCUGGCGAUAAAUGAGAAUGAUUACAAUCGAGCUUUCAAAAUCUUCAACGACUCAACUGCAUACCUUCAAUGGCCGGAUUACAAUGACGACCUAACGAUUUCAAAAACACUAAAUGAUCUUAUACAAUGUGUGGUUUCAAACAUACCAAUCCGGAAAUCAUUUCUUAUGUUUCGCAAAAUCAAGGCACAACUACAACAGCUGAUAAACAUAGACUCGAUCAAUGCGUUGGCUCUGGCUAUGUUGGAGGCAAAUUUGGUAGGCGACGUGCUUGAAAUGCUUAAGAGGGAACUUCCAAAAUUUAAAGAUGAAAAAGUCAGACUUCCCAUUGAAAAACCGUUUGGUUACAAGUAUUUCAAGUUGUUUGAUACGCUUCACACAUAUGCAAUCACCAACUCCUUUGACAAAUCGGUUACUAACAAUUGGUAUUUAUUUACUCAUUUGUACAAGUACUUCCACAUACCACCUGAUCGGAUAUUACCAACACUAAAAUUCUUUUGCCAACAUGAAAGAUGGAAUGGGGCAUUGCUAAUUUUUAACAAAAUGGUUGACCAGUAUCAGUUGCAUGGAGAUCACUCAUUUCAACCUCCUUCUCCAGAAAUUUAUAUGUAUCUCUUGAAUGAGUUCGGUGAUAAACUAUACGAAGAAGGUGUGAUUCAGCUUCACGAUUGGUUAAAGAUGGACACAAACAUUCCUCGUGUUGGGCUAGAACUCACUAAUGUGAUUAUGAAUGCUUAUUGUAACUUGCAAGAUGUGGCGAAGGUGCGUGACUUAUUUAUUGCGGCGAGUAUCAAUGACAAAGUUGAUGAAACAAGCGCCGUCAUCAUGAUCAAGGCAUAUACAUAUAAUGAUCUUCAUUAUGUGGAAAAGUUUUGGGACAACUUGUCCAAGUUUGGAUUGGUUCCAAAUUAUGACAUGUACAAGCAAUAUUUGAUCGCAUACGCAUACUAUGGCAAAACUGAAAAGGCGUUUGAAUUGGUAGAAAAGAUUGAUGAUUAUGAUUUACAAGUGAAUGAAGACUUGUUGCUUAAUUUACACAAUUACUGCUAUAUCGAAGAUAAACAACUGGAAAUAAAAAAUUGGGCAAAAGAGAACUACCCAGAAUUGUGGAACAGUGUCGAAAAUUCUGGCUUGCUUGUCGAGGCGACUGGAUACAAGCCGCAUGAGUACUUUUUAGUUGAUGGGUCGACCGAAGAGAAACAAAAACUUAUAGAUAAAUAA